AUGGUCUUGAGGCGCGCCAAUGCCGUUUACUGUCCCCAUGGUGCCUUCCUUCAGUGCGUCGUGGGUCGAGCCUGCAGUACACUUACGGAUAAAAAAACGGGCGUGGAAGUAUCGGAAGUUGCAUUGAGAAGAGAAUACGACAGCGCUAAAGGAGGCGUGGCAGAUCCCUGGAUAAUCGUCAAACAUAAAGGCAUUUCUCCUAUUAAUCUGGUGCAUCAAGGAAAUGCAUUGCUUUCAGCACUUGGUCUUGCGCAUUUGGUGAUUCGCAUCGAACGUGAUAUUCGUGCGUGUCGCCUACCCUCACCAGAUGCAAUAUUGGCCGCAUGUAAAACGCCGAAUGCCACAAAUCCAAAUGAACUUGCUGAGCGGGCAGUUCUAGUGGAGUUCUCAACGGGGAAUGCCAACCUUCUUUUUACUUUUUGCCCGCCGGAUCCCUUGCGCCGAUUGCGCUGCUAUGGUGUGGAAAAGGACCCUAUUUUAUCUUCUGAUGCAAAGCCUUAUCAAAAGCAUAUGAGUAUCGAAAAUGGUGAUGUUUCGCCGCUAAGAGAUGGGUCGGCACCCCACGUGCUGCUUAAUGGUAUCUUGCAUUUUCUUCCUAUCGAGGAGUCCUGCGCGUUGAUUCGUGAGGGUUUGCGUCUUUUGAUGCCAAAAGGAAUUCUUCUAGUGGUGAUGUUGUCUGUCGGCACCUCCAGGUCACGGCCGGCGGGUUAUCAUCCAUUUUUCUUUAACGAUACGGCGGUAAAGGCGAAUGCUUUAAAUACUUCUCAUGCAUCGACCACUUUGCGGUACUGCAGUACUAUUACGAAGGAUGACUACAAUCAGUUUGUAGAAAAGGUUGAAUUCCUUUGGGAUGCGCCCGAGUUUAUUUUUUACACACCGGACUUUAAGCGGACUGGUGUGUACGCUGUGCGUCUAACACGAUCUAAAAAGAUGAUGCCACCUCUGCCGGGUAAGGGACGACGGACCGUGACACCGAAAGAAGAGGAGCCUGCACUAUACAAGGAUAUCUGCACGAAUCCACAGGAGUUAAGCCGUGUUAAGGACGCACAGGCACUAUGGAGAGAACGUUUAAUUGAGAUGCAGAGUGCCGGUGUUGGCAAGAAGCUUAGAAGAGGGUAUGAAGUAUGGGUGAGGAAACGAGUUUAG